AUGGGUAUCAGUUACUGUAUAUUUCUAUGUUUAUUUACAUUGACUUAUUCAUCAGAUACACCACCGCCGACUCCUGAAAUCACCGGAAUCGUUUCUACUGGAGGAAUCACUUCGAAUUUAGUGAUAUCUGGAACAAACUUUGGAACUUCACCAUCUGUAACCAUUGCUAUUAAUGAUGGUGUCCAAACUCCGUUCGUAUCUGAAAUCCAAACAGAUGGUUCUCUCUUGGUUAAUGGUCCAAUUUUAGAUUCAGAGACAACUCCAAGUGCCAAUGGAAUUUGGAAAGCUUCAGUCAGAGUUCUCAAUUCGAAUGCAUUUGAUCUAAACUUAUUCAAACCAAUAAUUAGUGAUAUUCUCCCAAAUAAUAAAGGUAUUUGUGCAGGUGGUACUAUCAUUCAAAUCAAUGGAUUUAAUCUUUUGAAUCCAUCAAACAGCAACCCAGGACAAGUAUUGGUUGGAGGUUAUGAUUGUCCGAUCAAAAAUGAUUUUGCCAACACUGCUAUUUCCUUGCAAUGUGUUACACCUUCCACUAUUAUCGAUUGUGAAAACAAAUUACCUAACGAUGUUGGUGUUCAAGUUAAAGUUGAUGGAGAGAGUUCCGAUUCUUUCGAGUUUAUUUACCAAGAUCCAGAGAUUACAUUCACACCAACAUCGUUUAUUAUCGGAAAGAAUGUUGCUAUCGAUGUUACCGUGAAAAAUUUAUUCCUUAAUAAUAUUCCAGAUCCAAUAUUGAUGAUAGGAACCGAGAUCUGUACUGAUGUUACUAUCUCAGCUUCUAAAACAUCGAUUCAAUGCAACACUCUUCCUUCUUUUACAACUGCUUUAAAUGUUAAUAUCAAAGUCACCUAUGGAACCAACAUAUUCAGCUCUACUUCUCUAUUUGGUAUCUUGAUUCCAAAACUAUUGAGUUUCGAUGUGAAUAGUGGAAUAGCUGGUCAAACUACACCAAUCGAAGUGACUGUAGAGAAUUUCGAUGUUUCAUUUAUGAACGAUGUUCAAAUUCUCUUUGAUACAACACCUGCCACAAUCACUAAAACAUCGUUUUCAUCCAACAAAUUCAAAAUGAUUCUCCCAGGUUCAUUUAACGGAGAACCAACUUCAAUUUCAAUGAAAAUAGGUACACUUAAUGCACAUGUUGCCACAGGACUUACCUUUACUUUCUAUCAACAUAAAAUAACAUCAUUGAAUAUCUAUGAAGGAUUGUCAGUUGGUGGAUAUUAUAUAGAAAUUCUUGGAGAAUCAUUAUCACAAGUAUCAUCUGUGACAAUAAAUGGAAACGAUUGUCCUAUUAAGGCUGAUAAAGACAAAGUCCUAACUUGUAAAGUACCAGCUGUCGACGAAGCACUUUUGAAUCAAGCAAAUGACUUUAGAUAUGAGUCUUCAAUUUCAGCAAUAAUCAAUGGUGCCAAUUCUGAAAAUACAUUAAAAAAGAAAUUCACUUACUAUCAACCGGUUAUCAAAUCAAUUUAUCCAAAUCCUGCAAUGGAUAAAAUUAAAAUUUAUCUAAUUGAAGGUUACAACUUGGGCGAUAUCAGCUCUAUCACUAUAGGAGGUGUCAGUUGCCAGAUCGUCGAUAUUAAUUCAGGAAAUGUUGAAUGUGCAUUUGUACUUCCAACAACAACAGAUAUAACCAAUCCAUUACCAGUAGUCUUGAAAGAAAUCUCUACUACUUCCUCUUUUACUUCACCACCCACCAAUUUACAUUUUGUCAAACCAACAAUAACAGCAGAUAGAAAUGGAAAGAUAUCUGGAAAUGAAAUCAUUACAUUUACAUGCACCGACUUAUAUGAGAUUCCUAACUUAAUAUUGUUGGGAGCAUCGAAAUGCAAAAUUAUUCCAAGCAGUCUUUCCAUCACCGCACCUUUUAAUUCAUUCCAAUGUACUUCACCAGCUACCAACGUGGCAGGUGCAGUUGGAGUUACUUUGAACACAAAAAAUACCCAAUAUAUUUUUGCCAAUGCAUUCACAUAUUAUAAGAAAUUAGAAUUAACAAAUUCAAAAGUUCCAACAGUUACUUCAACAACUGGACCACUUUCAACACCUCAAGGAGGAGCUUUAACAUUGACUGGUACAAAAUUCCUUGAAACUACUUCUGUUACUAUUGGUGGAACUUCAUGUGUAUUCACAGUGGUAAGUGAAACAUCAAUGAUUGUAACUGCACCUCCAAAAUCACCAGCAAACAACCCACAUCCAUUGGUAAUAACGAUUCAAGGAGGUUCAACAUCCAAUCCAGUCAACAUAAAUUAUAAUGGACGAUCAAUCACUUCAAUUUCACCAACCAGAGGUUCAAGAAAAAUAAUAACUCCGAUCACAGUUACAACUCCUACCAAUCAAAACACUCCAAACUCUAUUCGUUUGGUUUUAACAACUAAUCCAACGACUAUUGUCAAUAUUCCAACUUUCACUGUUGACGGAGCCACAAAUAUCAGAUUUAAUGCACCAGCUACAACAGUCUCUGGUAUAUACAGAGUGGAACUGAUUCAUACAACUGGCACAACUGUUGAUCAAGUUACAUUCGAAUAUGUUGGUCUUACUUGUAAAGGUGCUCGUCAAGCUGGUUCAACUUUCAAUCCCGAUGUACUUUGGUGGUUACAAAUUUAUUUACGUCAAGCACAGGUUCCCUAUCACUACUUAUACUAUGACAACACAAUGACUGAUAUGAUUAGAAGUGUUGGAUUCGAUGAUAUAACAUCUCCAUUAAAUGCCACUAUUGAUCAGAGGGAAGAAUAUUAUUACAUGGCUUGGAAUGACAAAGAAAAAGGAGGCAAUGCACACUUAAAGCAAAUGCUAUUUUAUGAUACAACUGAAACUGGUCAAGUUACUGAAGCGAUCCACAUAAUGCAUAGUUUUCCAGGAUUCCCGAAAGAAAAAAAACGUGGAUCUCGAGACCCUGAUUGGGUUGUUCCACCUGCAGUGAAUACUCAACAUUUCUUCUGUUACCAAGUCACCGAUAUCGAAACCACCUCAUUGAUGAUUGCGAGAACCCAUCCAAAACUAACAUUCUUCGCAAAUGAUGACAAUCUAAAUGCUGUUGCGUUUCCAAAUCUCCAAAUUCUGAUUAAUGAAAACACUAGGAAUUAUGGACAAACAUGUGUAGAUGGUUUAAUGGGUACUACACCAACUCUUGAUAAUUGUAGAUGGCGUGUUCCAUUAGUAAUUCCAGGAAUAAAUGCACCUCAAUUUUUCUCGAGAGUUCAACUUCCAACUAUUCCUAAUCCAAACUUUAAAGCAAACGGUGUGGCUGCACUUGGAAGAUCGAUUAUUCUCAACUCUGAACCACUUUUAAGGCGCAACAAAAUCGAUAUUUACUUUCAAUAUGAUGGAUUUGAUAUGUGGCAAUAUGUCGCUGAGUUUUAUGAUAGAAAUCUAUUUGUUCAAACAUGGUGUAGCUCAGAGGACAGACUAUUCUCUGUGAAUUCAAAAAUUGUUAAUGUUGAAACAACAGAAUAUCCUGUUCAUCUCUCACACAAUACUGGAACAGGUUAUGUUGGUCACUAUAAUAAAAUGCGUGGUACUGAUCAUUCGAAACUUGCUUACAGUAUGUAUCCAGUUUAUGGAACAGAAGCAGAAGAAACUGAUGCAAAUGAAAAUCUAUUUUGUAUCGGUGAUUUGAAUAGACAUAAAGGACAAGCAAAAAGAGGAGGAACUGUUUUAUGUUUCAACCAUCCAAAACUCUCGAAACAAUUCAACCAAUUUGUUAAAAGUUAUUCAUCAUUUGGAUAUCAACCAGUAGUUAUACAUGGUAAAAGCCGCGUGGCGCGAAAAUCUAAAGUUAAAUUUAUUGUUAACAAUAGGAUUGUCUAUCAAACACAAACAAUUGUAAAUAAUAUUGGAACUGAUAUUGUACCAAUUCCAACCUUUUUACCUCAAGAAAUAGGAGAUGAAGGCGGAGUUGAUGAAACAAUAAUUUUUAGAACACCAACAAGUAAAACAAUUACAAUUCAAUCAACAGCAACAAUUUCUCCAGUGUCAGCAGUUCCAUGGACAAAUCAGAUCUAUUUUGAGGUUCGUCAAGAAUUGAUUGGUGAUCUUCAACCACCAUACACACCAAGAAUUAUAAGACAAACAGCACUUUCAGCUGGAAAUCAAGUCUUUUACAAUGCUCUUCGAACACGAACAACUCCAAUAUUCCAACCUGGUGAAAAUAUUGCACCUUCAGUAGAACCCCCAGCUUUCGGACCACUACCCCCUUAUGUUAACGGUGGUCCCUCUCUAGUACAAACUGCUUUCACUCGUGGACACAAUACAAUUGACAGUGUUGUAGGUUUAGAGGUUCCAAUCGUAGAUGGUACAAAUGCAAAUCCAAUUUGGAGUUACCGUGCACAAAAUUCAUUGUCAGUUCACUAUAUGGCAUAUGAUGAUUUGGUUGCCAGAAUAUGUGAAUCAAAUGAAAUUACACUGGCUAAUGGUUGCAAUGAUAUCAAUUAUGCAUUAUUCACAAAGAUUAGUGUGGUUGUACCUAAUGAACAGUUCCCACCCACAAGAGAAGUUCAGUUCCCACAUAUUGAUGGUGAUAUGAACUAUCAACUUCUUCCAGAUAUUAGGGAGUUUGAAAUUAUUAGAUUUGUAAAUCAUUUUAAAACUCUAUAUACUCUUCCUACCAAUAUUUAUUCAUUCAUUCUUGAUACUACGCUCACAAGAUCAUACCCAACAGCAACUGCUCCAUUCAAUAUCAUGUUAAAUAGAAGAAACUACUGUCCAGAUGAACUCUCAUAUCUCCUUAUUCUAAAUUCGAUUUAUAGAGUAAGUGGAAUUGAAAGUCCAAUUUCAUUCUUACCAACAGAUCCACUCAAUUGGGCAAAUGGAAUUGCUUUGGCACUUUCAAAAGUUGUUUCAAAUCUUUAUAAUGAUGGAACAAUCGAAUCAAACCCAGAAUUUGGUGCAUGUUUUAAUUUGGUUCCAGCUGCAUUCAAUUUAGAUACCUACACUGAAACAACACCAACAAUGAACUCAUAUCAAUGGACCGCUGUUGCCACUUGGAAAUUAAUGACAGAAGCUACCAAUCGUGUUAAUCAUAUCGAUUUAUUCAAUUUUAUUACAACAUUGGUAAAGUCAAGAGGUAUGACAGGUCUUGGUGAUAUUUUCAAUCGUGAUACUCUGAUUGAUAGAGCAAACAAAGAAUUGUUAAUUGACAACCACAUCAUCAAACGUGAAUCAAUGAAGAGAAAAAACACACUUUUAAGUUCUUCCAGAAUCUCAUCGAUUUCAAAUGACAACAUUGUUCAAUUGAUUCAAAGUCAAUUCUCAAUCUUUGAAAUUGCUUCAUUGGAUAUCAUUGACUUUAAUUUAUUAUUGAAUUCAAUGAACAAAUGGACAACAAUCAAUGGAGUCAAUCAAUUCAUUUCAACAUUCUUUAACCGAAGAACUGAAAUGUCAAAUGAAAUUGAAUUCAUUUAUGAUUACUCUCUCUUGUCUGAAAACAACUUUGAAGUUUGUACGAUAUCUCCAACCAGUGAAUAUUUGACAGUUUGUGCACCAGAUUCAAUCAAAUCAAUCACAAAUCAAUUGGAAAGAAUGAUGAUUGCAUCAACCUCAUAUUCAGUUUCAGAUGAUUUUGAAUUCUAUUAUCUCUCAAAACCAACAGGACUUCGAUUCAUCCAAGAAUAUCCAGAUUUCACAGGACUUGUAAUUUCAAAAUUCAAUUAUCAACUUUGUGAUAUAAAAUUGAUAAACUUGGGUCAAUCUGCAACUUUCGAUCCAAAUGAUGCAUCUUUAUCUUCAAUUUGUUCAGAUUCUGGACCAAUAAUCAAGUCUAUUUCCAAAACAAAUGGAAAAGCAAUUGGUGGUGAUACCAUUACAAUCAAUGGAUUUAGAUUCACAUCAGAUAUGAUCAUUAAAAUUGGUGGAAUCGAUUGUCAAACAACAAAUGUUAUUAGUUCCACUCAAAUUAAAUGUAUUACACCUCCCAAUAUUGGAUUCAAUUUAGCAAUUACCAGCAACAUUCCAAUCAACCAACAAUCCCAAUUCACAUUUUCAUAUGAUGAACCAUUGGUUUAUGAAAUUUCACCAAAGAUUAUUAAUUCCAAUGGACAACAAAUCUCUAUAUUUGGUGAGAAUUUUGGACCAUCAUCACAACAAUCAAACUCUUUGAUUUCUAUUGGAUCAAUUCCAUGUGUAUUUGGUCCCAAUAGUUUCUGGAGUGAUUCAUUAAUUGUUUGUUCAGUUCCAUCUGGAAGUGGAAUAUUCAAAACUAUUUCAAUUACAAUCAAUCAAUUUGAAAUAUACAACAAUGUUUCAAAAAGAACAUUCAACUAUCUUGCACCAGAUAUUCAAAGCAUUUCACAAAACCAUGGUGAUCCAUUUGAUUGGAUAUUGGUCAGAGGAAAUGGAUUCAAUAACAAAUCACAAAUCUAUUUUAAUAAUUCUCAGAGUGAUAUCAUCUCUUUUGCAUCUGAUUAUAUUUAUACACAGGUUCCACAUGGUGUUGGAAAGAAUAUUCAAAUAUCAAUUGAAAGUGGAAAUCAAAAAUCAAACAAUUUCAAAUUCGAUUAUGAUCAACCAAUUUUAGAAUUCAUCAAUCCAAAGAUUCUUCCUACAACUGGUGGUAUCAUCAGAUUAAAUGGUUAUGGAUUUGGAAAUUCUUAUUUCGGAAACAUAACUUUUGGUAUGAAAAACAUAAGUUGUGUAUUCUUGUCUGAUAUCAUUGAAUGUCCAAUCCCAGCUGGAAUCGGAAAAGAUAUUCCAUUUAAUUUCAAUAUUGAAGGUCAACCAUUGAUUUCAUUAAUUCCAUCAAACUUCUCAUAUUCAAGACCAAUCAUUGAAAAGACUGAAUUUAAUUCUGGAAGUGUGACUAUUUUUGGUCAAAAUUUCAUUCCAUCUGGAAUUGAAUUAAAUCCACUCAAGAGUUAUGUCACACUCUUCAAAGAUAAUGUGAUUUCAACUCAAUGUAGUUCAAUAAUAUUCACAAACAAUCAACAGAUCAUCUGUAAUUUCGAUCAAUCAUUUAUUGUCAGAUCAAUAUUUGUUACAAUUGGUGGUCAAACAUCAUCGAUAUAUCAUCCAACAUUACUGAUUAGUCUUUAUCUUUACAUUGACCAACAAAUAAGUGGAAUUAAAACAAAUGUUCCAGUAACAUCUGAAUCAGUUUCAGUUGCAAUUUCUUCAGAUUCAAAAUUGAUCCAAAAUAUCAAAGUUGAUUCAAAAGGAUAUAUUUCAUUCAAUGCAACUCUGGGAACAUUCAAUUUGAUAUAUUCGACAACAUCACCAACAUUAAUUCCGAUUAUCAAUGAUAUCACAAUUCAAGUGACAUCCACCCAACCAACAAACUACAAUCAUGCUUUCUAUCAAUGGAAUUCAGGAACAACUUUAUCACCAGUUAAAUUCUACUCAUCAACACCAGGAAGUUAUCUAUCACUUCCCGUUGGAAUAUUCAACAAUAUUGCAUCGAUUUUCAAUUCAAUUGGAUCUUUCAUAUCAACAAGCUCUCUGAAUGUAAUACUCUAUAAAUCAGAUGGAACAAUUGUUUCUUCAAAUCAACUAUCGAAUGGAGUUACAAUUGAUAAAAUCGAAGUAUCAUCACCAAGUUUCUUCACACCAUUGCAAAAUAUUAAUUGUGUUGAACAAUCGAUAACAUUCACAAACAACUAUAUGAAUCAAACUCCACAAUUGAUUCUUUCAAAUUAUGGAACAUUAACUUGUACUGCUGAUAAUCCACAAAUUUCUUCUAUGACCUGUUCCAUUCCAGCAGCCACAGGAACAAUAUCGCUCCAAUGGAAUGGUUAUACAAGUGCCAAUACUUUUAAUUUACAACCAAAAGAAAUUGUAUUUGGAUAUGUUUAUAAUGAUCUCAAUUCAAACAAUAUAUUUGACCAAAAUGAACCUGUCAUUUCAAAUGCACAAAUUACAUUAAGUAAAACUACUGAAGUCUCAAUAACUUCUACCAACUCACAAGGAUAUUAUUCAAUUCCAAACAUUACACCUGGACAACAAUACUUGAUGUCUCUUGACCCGAUUACAGGAUACAUUGCACCAAUGGACAAGAUCACUUUCCUUGAAAACAGUUGUCCAUCACCAACUCAAGUCAAUUUUGCAGUGAAACCACUCUCAUCCAAUGGAUGUGUUGGUUACAUUUCAAGUGCUUCAUCAAACAAAUUGACAAUCCAAGCUGGAUUAAAUAGUCUCACAUCAUAUGGUUGGUGUAAAUCACCAUCAAUCUGCACAAAUCAAUUCACGUCAGUCACACUACCACCAAGAUGUGUCUACACAUAUGACUCAACAAACAAUGAAAUCACAGUUUCGCUAGGUGGACAAUCCAAUAUAAACCUUUACAAUGAUCCUUCUAUUACAGGUGUUCAAAAAAAUUCAGUAAUCACCAGCAGUGUAAGUUUGGUUUUCAAACAAAGCAAUGGUGUAGUAAUCAGCACACUAACACCUGACAGCAAAGGAAAUGUUUCAAUAUCUCUUCAAUAUGAUUCAUAUAUUGUUUCAGUGAUCAGCACCAAUACACAAUUGUUCCCAAUUUUAGACAAUAUUCCAUUCCAACUCAACAGUGUAAAUCCAUUCUUCAAUAGCUCCAUUGGAUUUAUCACUUGGAAAUAUAACACAAACUACCCACUUGUCAAAUUCUACCAAACAACAAAUUUCUCAGGAAUUGUACUUUCACUUCCUCUUGGUAUUUAUAACAGCACCACCUUGAAUGCAUUAAAUUGGAAUAUGAAAACACUUUCAUACAAAUCUACAACCGAUAUCAAUGUUUUUAUCUUUAAUGGUGGAAUCUCACCCAUUACUGAAAACCCUUUAAUUGGAAAUGUUCCAUUGACAACCCCAUCUGGUUCUCAGUUCCAAAUUAUUGAUAAUGCAAUGUUUAGAAAACCAAUUUUUUCAGAUUUCAAAAGCUCUGGAAAUCCAGUUACAUUUACAAAUUACUAUAUAACUUUGCCAGUUAUUAGGAUUGGAGGUACUGUAUUCUUUUUUAUAAAAAUUUUAUAA